CCGUCAUUGUCCCUCACAGCAGGGCAGCUCUGGCUACACACACACACACACCUCGCUGCUGCUCUAUUCCCUCAGUGUCCGAAACGGCUCUCUUCCCCUCUUAAUUACCGGUUAAUUAUCAUGGUAGUUCACCGUUAGUGGGAUUAUGAAGCAAUGUUCCACAGAAGCCUUCCUCUCGGGCACUAGUUGCUACACUCCAUGCUGCAGCCACUCUUGGAGAGUUUGCUGUUGGUAGCCUUUUGGCUUGGAAGGAAAGGAGAGCUCACAAACCACAUCAGCUGUUGUCGAGGCACAUAUGGUGCAUUGUUGCCAUUCCCAGGCCUACAUCCUCGAGGCUCAGCCUUUUGCUGCCCUGACGUGCAAACAGGAUUUGCCAUAAGACAGGAUAUUAAUACAUUAACCCUUGUUUUUAUUUUUUUAAAUUUGGGUCACGCAAGAACGCUAAAGGUCUCUCUCAGUUUUUCCCUCCCACUGCCUUUGAGGUGGUGGUUGAGCAGCAUAGGCCAUGGAGCCCGAUAUGGAGUACUGUCUGGCACAAGUGCUACAGAAGGAUGUGGGCCGGAGGCUGCAGGUUGGUCAGGAGCUCAUUGACUACAUCACUGAUAAGGAAAAGUCUCAUGACCUGGAGCAGGACCAAACUGCCUUGGACAAGAUGGUGGAUGGCCUUGCGUCCUCCUGGGUCAACUCCAGCAACUUCAAGUUGGCUUUGCUGGGGAUUGACAUUUUGUCCGCCUUAGUGACAAGAUUACAAGACCGUUUCCGGACCCAGAUUGGAACAGUUUUACCUAGCCUGAUAGAUCGAUUAGGUGAUGCCAAAGAUCAAGUCAGAGACCAGGACCAGACAUUGCUGCUGAAGAUCAUGGACCAGGCUGCUAACCCUCAGUAUGUGUGGGACAGAAUGCUGGGGGGAUUCAAACACAAAAACAACAGGACCAGAGAAGGAGUCUGUCUUUGUCUCAUUGGAACACUAAAUGCGUAUGGUGCCCAAGGCUUAACUCUAAACAAAAUAGUACCACAUAUAUGUAAUCUGUUGGGAGACCCCACAAGUCAGGUGAGGGACAGUGCCAUGAACUGCCUUGUGGAAAUAUAUAGACAUGUUGGAGAAAGGGUUAGAGUGGACCUCAGCAAGAAAGGAUUGCCACAAUCACGGUUGAAUGUAAUUUUUGCCAGAUUUGAUGAGGUCCAAAGAUCUGGGAACAUGAUCCUCUCUUCUGGGUCAGAUAAGAACUUUGACGAUGAGGACUCUGUGGAUGGAGGCAGGUCCUCCUCUUCCACUUCGUCUAAAGGUUUCUCCAGCAGCAGGCGAGGAGGAAACAUGGGCUCAAUGAGACGACCCAGUUCUGCCUCAGCACCUAGAGCUGCAGGGAAAGAGGGAGCCAGUGCUGGAGCUGUUGAUGAGGAAGACUUCAUCAAGGCAUUUGAAGAUGUUCCUUCUGUACAGAUCUAUUCCAGUAGAGAACUGGAAGACUCUGUGACUAAGAUACGUGAGGUCUUGUCAGAUGAUAAACAUGACUGGGAGCACAGAGUUACUGCUCUGAAGAAAGUACGCUCGCUGCUCCUGGCUGGAGCUGCAGAUAACGAGGGUUUCCUUCAACAACUUCGCCUUUUGGAAGGUGCCUUCAAACUCUCUGUGAAGGACUUGCGCUCACAAGUGGUUCGGGAGGCCUGCAUCACUCUCGGACAUGUGUCCUCAGUGUUCGGGAACAAAUUUGACCACGGCGCAGAAGCCAUCAUGCCCGCGCUGCUCAAUCUUGUGCCUAACAGCGCCAAAGUCAUGGCCACAUCAGGUGUGGCUGCUAUUCGACUUAUUUUACGGCAUACACACUAUCCUCGUCUAAUUCCAAUCAUCACCAGUAACUGCACAUCGAAAUCAGUGGCUGUUCGAAGACGGUGUUAUGAAUUUCUAGACCUGUUGUUGCAGGAAUGGCAGACCCAUACACUAGAGAGGCAUGUUGCAGUUCUCACCGAGACCAUCAAGAAAGGAAUUCAUGAUGCUGAUUCAGAGGCUAGAUCUAUAGCCAGAAAAUGUUACUGGGGAUUUCACAGUCACUACAGCCGAGAGGCGGAGCACCUGUUUCAGUCUCUGGAGUCGACCUAUCAGAAGGCCAUCCAGUCUUACCUGAAGAGUUCUGACAGCAUAGUGUCACUGCCUCAGUCUGACCGUUCCUCCUCCAGCUCUCAGGAGAGCCUCAAUCGGCCCCUGUCUGUGAGGACUGUGAUUGGAGGAAGCAUGACUAGAAGUAAGGUGGUGAGCUCCAGGACACCGUCCACCCCUAGCUCACUCCAGCGCUCACGCAGUGACAUUGAUGUGAAUGCUGCUGCUAGUGCCAAGUCCCGAAUGCCUGCUGUGCCCUCUGGUCCCUCUCCUUCCCCAUUCAGCUCAGCUGCAGCCCUUCCCCCAGGAUCCUAUGCUUCUCUGGAUGGUACACCUGGUAAAAUAGAUGGUCGUGUGCGCACCAGAAGGCAGAGCUCUGGAAGUGCUGUUGGUGCAAACGCUACAGUAACAGACAGCCGAGGUCGAAGCAGAGCUAAAGUGGUGUCUCAGUCUCAGCGAUCCAGAUCAGCUAACCCUACUGGUGCUGGAAGCCGUUCUAGUUCCCCAGGAAAGCUGCUGGGUCACACAUAUGGCAGAGUUCCACGUACCACAGCCAUGACUUCUACACCCACAGACAAGCGAGCGAGGGUCCCGAGAAGCCAGGGCUGCAGCCGAGAGACCAGCCCAAGCAGACUGGGCAUUGCUGAGCUGUGUCGUAAAGCUCUUCUUCCUGCUGCUUCUCGUUACCGCACGCUAGCCCGGAGCAGUCGCAUCCCACGCCCAAGCAUGAGUCAGGGUUGCAGCCGUGACACGAGUCGCGAGAGCAGCCGCGAUACCAGCCCUGCUCGGGGUUUCACUCCUUUGGCUUCCCGACGCCACUCUCGCUCCACCAGUGCGCUGUCCACGGCUGAGUCCGUGGCCCAGUCAGAUCGAUUUGGGCUAAUCCACCAAGCCCGUAUUUCUGCGUCUGUCAAUGCCAUGAGAGUUCUGAACACUGGGACAGAGGUUGAGGCAGCUGUGGCUGAUGCUUUGCUGUUAGGAGACUCCAGGAAUAAGCGUAAACCUAUGAGAAGGCGAUACGAGUCCCCUGGGAUGUACUCGGAUGAUGAUGCUAACAGCGAUGCAUCCAGUGCAUGCUCUGAGCGCUCAUACGGAUCCCGUAAUGGAGGAAUUCCACACUAUUUACGGCAGACAGAGGAUGUUGCUGAGGUGCUCAACCACUGUGCCAGCUCCAACUGGUCUGAGAGGAAGGAAGGACUCCUGGGCCUGCAAAACUUACUUAAGAGCCAACGUGUUCUUAGCCGAGUGGAGAUGAAAAGAUUAUGCGAGAUCUUCACGAGAAUGUUUGCAGAUCCCCAUAGUAAGGUUUUCAGCAUGUUCCUGGAGACUCUUGUAGACUUCAUCACUGUUCAUAGAGAGGACCUUCAGGACUGGCUCUUUGUCCUGCUCACUCAGCUGCUAAAGAAGAUGGGAGCUGAUCUCCUGGGUUCAGUUCAGGCCAAAGUCCAAAAGGCUCUGGAUGUCACCCGUGAGUCUUUCCCAUUUGACCAACAAUUCAACAUCCUUAUGAGGUUUAUUGUUGAUCAAACACAAACUCCUAACUUGAAGGUUAAGGUGGCCAUUUUGAAGUACAUUGAGUCCCUGGCAAAGCAAAUGGAUCCUGCAGAUUUUGUGAAUUCCAGUGAAACAAGAUUAGCUGUGUCCCGUAUCAUAACCUGGACCACUGAGCCCAAAAGCUCUGAUGUCAGGAAGACCCUUCAUAACUGGGCGAGUGAGGAGUUUUCAGGCAGGCCAAACACUACAGCCGUGCUGCCCGGAGAGGGUAAUCUGGAGGAAAGGUGUAAGCAGGCUGCCCAGGUGGUACUGAUCUCUCUCUUCGAGCUGAACACACCUGAGUUCACCAUGCUUCUUGGAGCUCUACCAAAAACAUUCCAGGAUGGAGCCACCAAGCUCCUCCAUACCCACCUAAAGAACUCUACCAGCACCAGUGGAGUGAGUUCUCCCAGCAACACAAUUGGCCGUACACCACCCAGGCAUCCAUCUAGCAGGACGAGCCCUCUCACCUCUCCCACUAACUCCUCUCACACUGGCCUUUCACCAAGUAUGCUGGAAUAUGACACAGAGAAUAUGAACUCUGAUGAAAUCUACAGCUCGCUACGUGGUGUAACAGAGGCCAUCCAGAGCUUUAGAUAUCGCAGUGAGGAAGACCUCAACGAGCCAGUCAGACGUGAACUCAAGAAGGAUGAUGGGGUUGGCCGGGAGACUGCAUCACCUGGGUCAGAUUCUCGGUUAGGUUUAGAUAUAGUCGAGGGAGGACGUACUGCCUUGGAUAACAAGACGUCUCUACUCAACACCCCUUCUCCACGCUCUUUUGCUGGGCCAAGGACACGAGAGUUUGCACCAUAUGGAUAUGGGGACACCAUUGGUGGUUAUGAUAAGAGUGCUUUGAAAGAGGCUGUCUUUGAUGAUGACGUGGAACAAUUCCGUGAUUGCCGUCGGCAGGAGUCCAGUGAGAACAAGAUGGUGCUCUCCAAGGGCUUUGCUCCUGACCUGGUGGCAGACCUGCUAAAAGAGCUGUCCAAUCACAAUGAGCGGGUAGAGGAGAGAAAAGGGGCGCUGGUGGAACUGCUAAAGAUCACCCGAGAAGACAGCCUAGCUGUGUGGGAUGAGCAUUUCAAAACGAUCCUGCUGCUGCUCCUGGAGACACUUGGAGACAAAGAUCACACGAUUCGAGCUAUGGCUCUGCGUGUUCUCAAAGAAAUCCUAAGGAUUCAGCCAGCCCGCUUCAAGAACUAUGCCGAACUCACAAUCAUGAAGACAUUAGAGGCUCACAAAGACUCUCACAAGGAGGUGGUAAGAGCUGCUGAAGAGUCUGCAUCCACACUGGCUGGCUCCAUCCACCCUGAGCAGUGCAUCAAGGUGCUAUGUCCCAUUGUGCAGACUGCAGACUACCCCAUCAACCUGGCAGCUAUUAAAAUGCAGACAAAAGUCGUUGAACGCAUUGCCAAGGAUUCUCUUCACCAGCUACUGCCAGACAUUAUUCCUGGCCUCUUACAAGGCUAUGACAACACAGAAAGCAGCGUUCGCAAGGCCAGUGUCUUCUGCCUGGUGGCCAUCUACUCUGUCAUCGGAGAGGAGCUCAAGCCCCACCUGGCUCAGCUCACGGGCAGUAAGAUGAAAUUGCUAAACCUGUAUAUCAAGAGAGCUCAAACGACCAAUAGCAACAGCAGCAGCUCAUCUGACGUGUCGUCUCACAGCUAAUGCAGAAGGCAUGCUCAUCAGUGCCCAGCAAUCAAUAGUGGGAUCUUAGCUGUGCCUCCUUCAGACCUUUUUGUUCCUCAUUAUUGUUUUUACCCAGUAUUUAAAACACAUUUCCAUCAGUAUUCCUUUUCAUUUCCUGUUUCCUGAAUGUAAAAAUAGUUUCUUUACCGUGGGUUUUAGGGAUCACAUUUCGAUAUUUCUGUUUUGACUGGCACCAGUUAAAUUUUUAUUUUAUUUUAUUUUAUUUUUUUUUUAAAGAAAUUACUUGAUAUUUAACAUUAAUAAUGUAAUAAUGUGGUCUUUUUUCAAAUCUAUAGUGUUUGAGAUUUUGACAUUGUUUUAAAUGGGGAACAGUCGUGUAGGUUAAGUAUGUCACUUGAAUCUGAGUUAGUGGUAGAGGAUCAUUUGGCUGGCCGAGUGAUUUAAAUGUGAUCAUAAGAAAGGAUCAAGUGUCAUUUUAAGCAGAAAUGACCACCAAAAAUGUAGGACUUAAGUGUAUAAAUUUAUUUAAAUUUGUAUUUAAAUACCGUUACAAGCCACCCGAUCUGCACACCCUGUAACACAGAAAAUAAUCUAAAAUGCAUCCUUUGUUUGUAAUUGAAGGCUGUUUUAAAGUCUAUGGAUUUGUAUUAUUCUAAGUUGCUUUAUGAUGUCAGUUUUUUGUUUGUUUGUUUAUUUUUACAGUAGGCUUUGCCCUGCCAUAAUGGCACAAAUCAACCUAGACAAGGACAAACUACUGAGUGUAUAUUCCAUCCAUUAUUUUGUGAGUUCUCUACCAAUUUUCUGCUUCUUUUCACAUUUACCAGCCAUGCUAAAUUAUUUUAUGGAUUUGAAAAUUCCAUAAAACGGCCAGUCUAUCGGACUAAGUCAAUACAGAACUAUAGUUCCUAACCUGCCUGGACUGCCUUAAUUUAAAAACAAUUAUUUUCCUCUUUGCAUUAUUGGUAAAGAUAAUUGCAAGAUUCUGGAUGGACUAGUACAUGAACAUUCAUGCUGAAGCCCAAUUCUCAAGAAAAUGACAAUCUUAAUUGAAAGCAUUAAAUGUAAUCAUUCGGAAGUGGUAAAAGGCUUAAAAUAAUUAUUUGUCGUGUCAUAAAUGAAAGUCGACAAUUGCUUUACUUUAUUGCAUUGAAAGACGUGUAUAUAUCUGGAGCAUCUUGAGUCAAAAACAUUGAAUAAAUGCAAAAAGACUCAUGAACAACAAUCCCACCCAGACCUAGGUUUCUAGUGAUCCUGCUGCUUAAUGAAGACUUUGCUCAAAUGUGUAGACGCUAAACUAAUAUUGUACAAAUGGCAGUGACUCCUGCUUUGAAGGACAACUGAAUGGUGGCGGAAACCUCAAACACUACCGUGCUUAUUGUUUUGUUUUCUUAUUUUAUGUUUUGGCCACUCAGACUGUUCGUUUUAAGUGUGCACACUGUUUUAAAUGUGAAAAGUGCUAUAGAUGCAGUGUGUAUCUAUAGACUAUGUGAAAUCCCUCUAAAUUGGCAUAAAUUAAUAAUAGAUGCAUUCUCGAAUGGCUGAAACGUUUGCCAGUUUCUUCUGCAGCUUUUGCUAUCAGAUGCUUUUUGUACAUACAUUGUCAUAAAAAAAAAGAAGCAAAAAUAAUGGGGUUUUGCACUCUUUUGCACGUUAGCAAAUGCAUGUUUUGGAACACACCCAUCUUGCACUGCAGUGAUUGGCCUUGUUGUUACAGUUUUUCAGACCUUGCCUCACUUCAGUCCUGUGGUCAAUCUGUAAAUACAGUAUUAAUGCUUUCCCCGAGCAAGGAGGCAUCCAAGUACAAAACUUAAACAGGGCUUAAUGAGGUGACCAAAAUAUCACAUGUCUGUCUCUCUGUAAACAAGUUCAUUGUAAACUUUGGGUGAAAGCAUCUUAGUUAUCAUGUCAUACUACAUAUUGGGGCUUGUGGCUUUCGUGAAGGCACACUAUGUGUGCUUGCCUUGGUAAUAUACAGCUUUUAUUGUCGGGCAGCCACGAGCUGAUAAUAGCCUGACAAUGGAAGACUCUUUCAUAUUGUUUAAAUUAGGUCCAAUCUAAAACCGAGCCAACCUGGAGGGAAAACCUAAAUAUUAGUUAAUGAGUGGAUCUCAAAAAUCUGUUGAAAUGUGGGGCCACAAAAAGUUUAUCAGCAAAUUUUCUUCAUAUGUUCUAACUUAGUUUUUGUUGUGUAACAGUCAUAUCCAUAUUUAUACAUUUAAUUUUCUUUUAUCAUGACUGUACAGUUGUGUUUUUUUUCUUUUUUUCUUUUUUAAGGGCCCUGUGUGAUAGAUUUGCAACCUGAACCUGUUUGCCCUUAAAUAAACCUGAAAACCUGAAACUAA